AUGUCAACCUCAAGUGGAACCUUGAUUAUUCGGCUUAUUUAAUUUUUAAUUUUUUAAUUUUUUUUUAUUAUUUUUAUUUUUUUUAAAAAUUAAAAAAUAUUUCAUUAUUCGCCCGAUCUGUGCUAAAUUGACACAUGACACAGAGACCUUUGGGAGGAUGGAUCCUUAUUGUGUAAUUACGGUAGGAAGACAAAAACACAGAACUGUUGUCGCAAAAAGUGCAGGGAAAUUCCCUAAUUGGGAAGAUCAGCUGUCUUAUAUGAAGACCAAUGAAGAUACAAUGAAAAUAGAAGUCUGAGACAAAGAUACAGCGUCAUCUGAUGAUUUAAUAGGAGAAACUACGCUUGCCUUAAAUACUGUAAUUUCAAAAUCGAAUUAUGAAGAAUGGGUACCAUUGACGUAUAAGGGAAGAAAGGCUGGCGAGAUUAGGCUCAAUAUAGUGUUUAGGCCUUCUGGGCCUCCUCCAAGUGUGCAUGGAAUACCUGCCAAUCUAGUUAAUAUGGGAGGACGUCAAUAUGCUCCAAUGCCUGCUCCAUAUCAGUAUCCUCCACAAACCUAUCCACAAGCUCCUCCUCAGUCUAUGUAUCCUACACUCAGUCCUAUGCAGCCACCUCCAAUGCCUUAUUAUCCUCCACAAGCCCCAUAUCCCCAAGCGUAUCCUCAGAACCCUCCAUCAUAUCUAAAUCCCCAACAGAGCCCAAACUACUAUUAUCAACAACCACCUCCACAAAAUGUGCCUAAUUUUUAUCCAUAUGCACCCAAGUAA